UGGAAAUGUCAAAUGAAUCUGCACUGGAGGGCCAGUCCGUAGCGUAGUUUCGGAGCUACCCAUAACUUCGUUUGCAACACCAACACGCAAUCGCAAAGCGACAACCAACACAGAUGCAACAUUGCAACAAGGCUACUGCCGCCAUGACAAAGCUUUGGGGGGCUCUCCUUCUUUGGAUGCUUCUAAUUGCUGUGAUCUCUUCAGGCAAUGCUUUUCCCUUGGGGACCAACCAUCGGCACAUCGGUACCUUCCAUGCUUUUUCCGUUGUUUCCCCAAGAUGUGGUUGCAGAUUAUUGAGAACCAAGGUUGAAGAAGAAGAUGACGACGACAUGCUAAGCAUGGAAGCCUUUCAAAAGGCCAAAGAAAGGGCUCAAAAACAACAAGCUGCUGCUUCUGCUGCUGCUGAAUUGGAAGAAUUUGAUGGAUACAAAAUGAGGGAUGCCAUUUACGAGAAAUGGGGUGCCUGCUACGACGUGGACUUCAAUCGCGUCGACAGUUUUGGUUUUCGGUCUCUCUACUUGAAUGUGCUGCCCUUCCAAUUGGGUCGGCGGCCCUUUCGGCACGAAACGGAACUGGAUUAUCUGUGCCACUUGCAGGCCGUGGUGGAGAUUUUACAGAAAUACAAAAAUCUCGAAUACGUUUUGUAUCAGAUUCAAGAGACUGACAAAAAGCCGCGGCCAGGGACGAGUCCCUUGGUGGCUGUGCCAUUGAGGUUGGAUUUGACACCAGAGCAGGUAAAACAAAUUACGAAUGCCUGAAUAUUGCUACGGUAGCUACUGGUAGCUAUACCAACAGUUAGCUAGCUAGCUAGAGCCACCAAUAAUGAAUAGAACUACUAUACAAGAGAAACAGUCAAGGGGACUUCUUGUUUCACUCAUCGGACUGGCCAUCUUUGUCCGCACCAAUCCUGAUAGCACUGACUAAUCCUCGUCCAGUCCCAAUACAAUGCUGACAUAGUCUUUCCAAUCCAGGUCCUUCAAGACACCACUUUUCUUUUUUUGCCUUGAUUUCUUCUUCUUCUUCUUCUUCUUGGAGCCCUUUGAUGACGACUUUGCCGUGUAUUGUUGUUGCUCUGCUGCCAUUACUUCUGGACGGUUCUUUGCUUCUUUCUCUUGUUGCAAACCCAUCGCAGCCAUGGGGUCCAACAAGACAUCCAACACGUAAAAUGGCAAUUGUGAGGAUCCACCUCGUAUAUUCACGACAAGUUUGUUGAUUUUUCG